UUUUUCUUUCCCAGAACCCACGCAUUUCACUUUCUUUUUCUCUCUCUCUGUACUCCCAGCUGCGUCACCCGUCAAUUUCACAUAUAAUGAUUUCCACACAGCAACACCGGCAGUACAUUCAGCAGCUGCAGUCGCCCAACCCCGUCGAGGUGUACAGCGCGCUGCGUACCAUCAAAAACACAAUUAUCGGUAGCAGCAUCAAGAAGACGCUGUACUUUCAGCUCCAGAUUAUACCCAGCGUGACAUCGCUCUUGGCGCUCGACGACACCGACGUACAAAUCCGGGUCCAGGCAACGGCAAUUAUCAGCAGCCUGGCACACAAGGGCGAGGGCGCCGCGAAGCAGCUGCUCGACAGCGGCGUGCUGACACCGCUUAUUAACCAGAUUGCGCCCGGGUCGGACCCCGUGCUCAUGGAGAUCUCCGAGCGAGCGCUGAACGCACUCCUGGCGUACACGUCAACCAAGAUGGGUGCCGAGGAGCACACAGGCACGAUGAUUCCGUAUUUGCUGAGUAUUGUCACCGAGGGGAAGUCCAUUGUGUCCGUGUAUGACAUGCACAGCCAUGCGCGCGUGGAGCUGGCAGUUCUGAUUCUCGGAAAGCUGUGUGUGACGGAGCCGCGGCAGUACACAAUUGCCGAUAUGGGCGCCAUCAGCCUUUUGGUGCCAUUGCUGUGCCAGGUGUACCCGCGGCUGCAGGUGGCCACGCUGCGCACGCUGUCAGCGCUGUCGUAUGAGAACAGCGAGAUAUGCACAGCAUUGACCAAUACCGGCCACAAUGGCAAGCCGUUCGCGACGAUUCUGCUGGACCUGGCGCGCAGUCACGACCCUGAGAUCCGGCUUACGGCAUGCCUGUGCCUGUCGAACCUGAGCCGCAUGCGCGUGACCUCGGCACCGCUGAAAGAGGUGCAGACGGUGGUUGUUCCGGCGCUAGUGAAGCUUAUGGCCUGCGAGAAUCUGGACAAAAUCCAGGUCAUCAGAGCACUCGGAUACCUGUGCCACGAGGAAGAUGAAAUGCAGAAAGCAGCCAGGGACGCCGGCGCCAUAGUUGACCUGAUCAAGCUCCUGGCGGAUAUCGAGAGCGAGCAGGACGGUGACUUUGUCGAUAUUGAGCACAACACGAAGCUGACAAAAGCAAUUCUGCUGUCGCUGGGCACUAUUGUUUCGACUGACGACGAGUGCCGGCGCAAGGCCGUUGACUGCAGCAUUCUGCGACACCUGGUGCUGGCCAUGGGCAGCAAGGACAGCGAGAUCCGGGCCGCUGCCUGCCUGUGCGCUCGUUACAUCACGCGGUCAGCAUCGAUAUGCCGCACGCAUCUGCCGGAAUGUGGCAUCCUCAAGCCCAUCCUGAAUCUACUGAGUGACAGGUCCGAGGAAGUACAGGUGACGGCAUCCGCCACACUGGUCAAUUUGAUGCUGAACCUGUCGCCGGUGCGGAUGGAGGCGCUGAAGGAGGGUGUGGUUGACAUGUUGGUCAAGCUCUUGCAGUCAGAGAACGUCAUGAUCCGGCGCAAUGCCCUCUGGUCUGUGCGCAACACAGUCACCGAGCUGGACGACGACAACAUGCUAAAGGAAAUCUUGGACAAGAUCAAGGUUGAGCGGCUGUACGAGCUGGCUAUCGGACAGGACGAGCCGAUGACGCAAGAGCAGGCGGCAUGCAUAUUCCGCAACAUCGUCAACGAAGGCCAGUCGGGAAUCAACAUCCUGUUCGACACCCUGGGUUCCGAGCGCAUGAUCAGCCUGAUUCAGCAGCUGCUGACAGCAGGCGAUGACAAGUUCAUCUUGCAUGGCCUCUAUCUGUUCAACAACGUCGCCGUGCGGUCGCCCGAGCACUGUGAUCUGAUUGCCAGGUGCGAGAUCUUGAUGCAGGCGGUCAUCGGGUUUCUGUCCAGCAGCUCUCCGGAGCUUAUCAUCGGCGCCGUGUGGUGCAUCUCGGGUGUCGCCUCGCACAGGGUCGAUGGCGCUGGCGACAACGCCCUGCCAAAGUAUAUUGACGAGCUGAACCUGCACAACGUGCAGUCGAGGCUCGAGAGCCUUGCAGCCGACCCACGCGUGUCGUUUGAGGUGCACGACCGGGUCAAGAGCUGCCUCGACAACUUCACCACCACCAGCAGUGCGCCAAGCUAAAUGGUUUACUAUUACCAGCAUAAAAACAGUGUAAAUGAAGCUAC